GUUUGUGCAUCUGAGAAUAAAUAUCACCCGUGUGGUCGUGUCAUGUUUAAUUAGUUGAAUUUAACUUGUGUCUAAUACGUGUAUGUAGAUCUGAAUUAUUAUUUUUUUUAAUGUAAAACGGGAGCUGAGAGAAUAAUUUUUUUCCUAGGCGAUUUUGAAUUGGUUAUCGAUUAUGCAAAACAUAUUUUUGUAUUCCAAAUGGGAGUUGAGAGAUUUUCAUUCUUUUUUGGAGCCCGAAGAUGACCUCUAAAACACUUUUGUGAUUUUGGCAAUUGGCCUUUGGUCUUGAUGAACAUCAGUUGGAGAUCGUCAGUGUAACAUAUUACAUUGGAGUUCUUAAUAUUUUCUAUUAUCGAUGUUGAAAUUAAGUUGUCAAGGAAUCCUCCGUUGAUGAAUUUAUCAUUUUGUUCCACUUUUCAUCAAAGUUUUUAGCUUGUCCUUUCACUAUUACAUUUUAAAUUCCUCACUGAGAGUUUUAAUUGUUAAUUAUCUUAUAUGCAUAAGGCUUUGUAAGCAUCAAUGCAAGAAAAAAAAUUGUGGUUCUAUUUAUAAUUUUGUUACUAUGUCAACUCCAAGAAGUAUGUUUCCAGCCACAACAUGUACGUUUGCAUUGAUGAGGGAAUCUUCCUUCAAGAAUAAUUUUUUAUCAAGUGUUGUUUUCAUAAAAGUGGAAUUUCAUAUAGAGUGUUGUCUCUUUUUUUUUUUUCCCAACCGACUUCUGUUAACACACAAUUCUAUUAUGUAGGACCAGCCCUGUAGGAGUUCAGUUAUAAUUGAUGUAGGACAAUCCUAUUAUAAAUUGGAUAGUAGUUAGUUAUUAUUACAGUAGGAUUUGUUUUUCCUUUUAGAUUAGAGUUUUAUUUUCCUUUUAGGAUUUUAGUUUUUUUUCCUGGCAUUGGUAAGAUAAUGGAAUUAUUUUGCCAUAUAAAACAAAGGCUUUACAUACGUUUCAAUGACCAAUUCCUUAUAGUAAAAUUAUUUUCUAGAUAUUUUCAAGAUUUUCCACUUUAAUUUUGUUUUAAAAUUUUCAAUUAUGCUUCUGCACCACUUUUUCUGAAGUCACUAAGAAGGCAUUGUGUAUUGCAGGCAACAAUGAAAGAUAAUUUGACAGAAGCCAGUACUCGUGUCACCAAAGGCAAAGCAAAGUUCACAAUGGCAACAAAGAGAGAUAAUGUGAGCAAAGCGAGAACUUGUGUCACCAAAGGCAUUUCAAUUGGCAAAAAUCAAGCUAAUUCGUCUUCUUUUAAGGGGAAAAAAGAUUUCUCUGAGGCCAUUGGGAAGAUAAAAGAACUUUCUGUGAAUCCGUCUUCAGAGGACAUUCCAAGGAAAUGUUCUAAGUCAAAUUUACCCGAUUCAGAAGAUGAGGCGAUGCAACAAGAAAUGGAAGUGUUAGAAGAGUUUCACAGCUAUGAACUUUGCUGCAAGAGCCAAAAGACAAGGAUACUAGACUCAUUGAUGUUAGGUAUUACUGACACUGAAUCUCUCGCUUCUCCACCAUACAUGGCAGUGCUUAUGGAACAAAAAGAAAAACGUAGAAAGAAGUUCAAGGCUUCAGAGGAGAGAAUAGCUUUAAAAAUUGAAAAACUGAUUCGCGAAAUGUCUCCUGUUCACGUACCCAAAUCAAAGGGACGAAAAAGGUCUGAAGAGGAGAGAAUGGUUUUGGCAAUUGAAGAGAUGAUUGACGAGAUGCCUUCUGUUUACAUACCCAAAUCAGAGGGAUCAGGUACACUCUAGGAGAGGAUGGAAUUAGGGUCUGAAGCUGAGAGAAGUCUGAUGAAUCCUUGAUCCUCUCGUGAUCUAUGUAAUUGGACUACCUGGUGAUGUUCUUCAUUACUUUUGCAAAGACUGAUUAU